UGUCCCUGUCCGGCCGCAGCAAACCCAAUGCGCGUCAUGUCAAGCCAAUGAAGACUCGUGAGGAUCUUUUGCGGCUGAGAUUGGCCACAUUCUCACAAUGCCCGAGAUCGCCGACCAAGACGGACAAGUCGGCAUGGCGCCUUGCCUUUCUGACCAUCUAG